AUAACUAAAUUAGAAAUAUCACCAAAACUGGAUCCAAUCUCAUUGAUAGUCAAUCGAACAGUGCAGGUAACAUGCGCCAGUGACUUCGGUAGGCCCACUCCCGUAAUAGACAGGUUUAUGGACAGCGCCACAAAUGACGAGUCGGAUGAUGUUAACAUAACGCAUUUAUCCGAGGUAACAACCAUGAGUGACAACGUUACGAUCAGCACACUGACUGUUAAACCCUACAACCCUGACCAUAACACGCGAUUGUACUGCUCUGGAAACAACGGCGGAUCAAGAGUGUUUUCUUCAAUGAAGCCAUCAAUUAAUAUUCUAUUUGGACCUUCACAACCAGAAUUUAACUUCAACGGUUCAGUAGUAGGUGGAUCUAUCGUUGCUUUGUCGGGAAAGUCCCUCCUUCUAACAUGCACGAGUAUCGCCUAUCCUUCACCAUCUUUUACAUGGACAUAUCCCGGUGGUACAACAACAGGUCAAAAUGUGGUAAUAACCAGCAUUGAUACAAUGCACGAAGGAAACUACACGUGCAGUGCUCGUAAUACUAUGACACCGUCGAUUGGUUCGUACCAAUCAUGUACGUUGAAAUUGUGACUCCAGAAUCAAAGAUAGUGUUCCUUUAAGAGAAUGACUCCAUCUCAUUCAAAUGUGUUACAUCAACUGGAAAACCUGUCGCCGUUAUUAAGUGGUACAAAGACAACCGGACACCACAGAAUUACAUGGAUGAUGUAGAAAUGUCUUAUUCCAGUGUAAAAUGGCUUCCAGACAAUGGCACAAAAAGUGUCCUUAAUUACACAGCGAAGCGUGUCGAUGAUGACAUGAAAAUAUAUUGCACGGGGAACAAUACCGGGAAAAGAUUAACCUCAAACCGACAUGCACAACUUAUAAUUGCCUCUUUUCCUGAAGCACCGUCAUCUGUCGCGGUCACUGAAAUAGCUGCUAAUUCAGUCAGGGUUUCCUGGUUCUUCCAGUUGACAGGCCGUAUGUUUCAACAAUUUACAGUUGAAGUAAACGAAAACGACGGUGAAUGGAUUGAACAAACUGUGUCUACUGCAUUUUUCAAUCUUAGUUCGUCUGCCGUGUACAUCGAUUUGACAAUGUUGAAAGAGUCAACAUAUUAUAGAAUACGGGUUUACGCAGAAAACGUCUUAGGCCGAAGUGGACCUUCAGAUAUCGUGUCAUUUACAACAUUGUCGGUUGAUGUGUCGGGUUCAGAUUUACCCAAUACGUCUUCACAAUCAUUCAGUGUUGGUGCAAUUAGCGGAAGUGUUGUCGGAGGCGUUAUUCUCGGAUUAUUUCUCGGAAUCCUAGGAUCGUGGAUUGUCGUGAUUCGGAGGACGAAUACCAGCUCCCAAAGAGGCAUCCGACCUGGGCCCGAAAUCACGUCAGAGUAUCUAUUGGGAAGUGAUGAUGCCUAUUCGUCUAUACCGCCUACUCCUGCAGACAGAAAUCAACGAGUUAAUCCGUCGCAACAUGCACAAGAUGGGUCAAGAAUCGCGUCAGCGCAUCUAUCGGGAAAUGAUGAUGCCUAUUCGUCUAUACCGACUAAUCCUGCAGAAAGAAAUCAACGAGUAAACCAGUCUCAACCUGCCAAAGGUCAUGGACAAGUUCAAGACAUUCAUCUUUCAACUGGAGCAGCAUAUGAGAACGUUGUUGGUGACGCGAACGCGAAACAAGAAACCCAACCCGGAGCAAUGUCAACAACUGCAAUGUAUGAAUCUCUUACGCACCACGAUCGUGGCAAGGAAGAAUAUGAAAUGAUAAAGCCGUCACACAAAUAAAUUCAAACCAGCAGCGUCAAGUUUCGUUCUUGCACACUGCUGUAUAUACUACACGCUAACUUCUGUUAAUUAUUGAAUUAAAGCUUACUCUUUGGAACAAAUCUCAUGUUCUUGCCCAUCAACUUCCUGUUGUUAAACAAUUUGAUACAUAUAUAUGGAACAGUUUAAGUUUAAGGGGGCUGAUGAAUGUAGCAAGAUGGGUAGUAAGUUAUCAUUUUGUUACAAUUGUAUAAGUCAAGUUUAAUCAGCUAAACUAGUGUGUUAACAAAGUCCACUACCACUGAACGUUUGUGAACCUAUAUAAAAUGAGAGUAAAACAUUCAAUCGUUAACGUUGUGUGUUACAAGUUGACAGAGUGGUGGGAAAAUGUGCUGGUUGUGUUACCCUGCUGUGUGCUCUAGCAGGUUGUGUUACCCUGCUGUGUGCUCUAUGUCGUUGCUGUUAUACAAUGUUUUGUAUAUAAAGAUAUAAUAUUGAAGCUAUAUAAACAUAUUUAUCAAAAUCUGAUAUAAAAAUUUCCAUCAAUAUAUAUCGGUCCCUCAUAAUAAAAGUUAAAUAAUAGUGUAAUGGCACACAAUAUUGUUGGAUUUCAAUAGGUUAUCAGCUUCAUGUGUACGUUAUUUCAAUUUAUUUUAUUAUUUGUUUUAAGCUG